AUGUCAAGUACACUAUUGUGGUUUCAAGCACUACUUGUCUUUAUUUCCUUGGCAAGUGUGAUGGCCCAGAACAUAAAAGUCGAAAAGACCGGAUUUGAUCGAGUGCCCGAUAAGCUAUUUUACUUUCAAGGAUCUCAAGUAGCUCUUUGGUUUGAUGCCGGUGCUCGCGUACUAUGGCGAUCAAGUGAUCAAGGAAAGGCCUGGACAAGAGUUACAGAUAUUGCAGAAAACGAACCAAGUUUUCUCUAUGAGCAUCCUUUUGAUAACGAAAAGGCUUAUGUGAUUGGUAAAGGAAAGGUGCAUUGGAAGACAGUCGAUAGAGGAGCCAGUUGGCAGAAAUUUGAGACGCCUAUCGAACCCGCAGCCACUUUCCCUCACCUCUCAUUCCACGCUGAGCGACCCAACUAUGUACUCUUUAAUGGAUUUAAAUGCAACCUAGGUGGUUGGACUGGCAUGGAUUGUCAUGGAGAGUUUUAUUAUACUCUCAACAACUUUGAGGAGACUGCAUUGUUACGUAGUCAGGCUACAUACUGUAUCUGGUCUCUAUCAAGUGCCGCAUUCGAAACUGCGCCUGUCAAGGAAGUUAUGUGUGUCGAACCUGCUAAAAAGAGUGGAAUGGCAAGUAUGCUCGAAUAUGAAGAACUCCACUUGGUACAGUCCGAAGACUUUUUCAAGAACGAACAAGCCGUCAACUUUGGCUCUACCUCUGAAGUCCGGGGCGUGAUAGCCAUCAGUGCUGUCAAUAGAUUCCUUGUUGCUGCCAUUAAACCCAAGCCAAGUGAGCCUGAUAUGGAUCUCCAGAUCUCACUCGAUGGGGAAAACUGGCAUGAGGCUAUAUUUCCCGUUGACGCCAAGUUAGUUCACGAAAAGGCAUACACUAUUGUCGAAUCAACAGGUACCUCUCUAUUGGUCGACGUUCUCGACAGCGCUUCAUCUACUGUAGGCACUCUGUACAAAUCAAAUUCAAAUGGUACAUUCUUUGUCAAGAGUCUCGAAAACACCAACCGCAACCAGCUUGGUAUCGUCGAUUUUGAACGUGUCCAGGGUGUAGAGGGUGUUAUGGUAGCAAACGUUGUUUCCAACGCCGCCCAAGUUAAAGCAGGCAGUGCAAAAAAGGCUCUUCAAACCCGAAUGAGCUUCGACGAUGGUGCUACAUGGAGUCCAAUCCAAAAAGUAUAUGAUGCACAGGGAACUCUACUCAAAUGCUCUGAUGGUCCAGAUAAAUGUGCACUACACCUUCACUCUGUAACCACCCCACGUAACAAUGGCCAAGUGUUUACCUCAAAAGCUGCUGUAGGUGUUAUGAUGGGUGUUGGUAGCUACAACGAUCAUUUACUCGAAUACGACGAAUCAGAUACGUUUUUAUCAACCGACGGUGGUCUGAACUGGAAGUUAGUUCGUAUGGGCGCACACAAAUACGAGUUUGGAGACAUGGGCGCUCUAUUGGUGCUCGUCGACGAUGAAAAAGAAAUCGAUCACAUUUGGUGGAGUAAGAACCGAGGCAAUACCUGGGAACGCUAUGAUCUUGGCAUCAGUAUCCGUGCUCGCUACCUGACAACCGAUCCAACUUCCUCAUCCAGCAAAUUUCUGUUAAUCGGCUCCUCGCGUUUUUCCAAUGAACGUGUCCAAUCAUUCUACAUUGAUUUAUCUGGUGUGUUUUCACACAAGUGCGAGUUGAUAGAAAACAACGAGUCCAAGAGUGAUUUUGAACGCUGGUUUGCUCGCGAUCUCACCAGUGGUCCUGAUUGUUUGAUGGGACACGAACAGAUGUUUUAUCGCCGUAAAGCCGAUCGUGAUUGCUACGUCGGGCUCGAUUUCCAACCCCCUGUUGUCGAACUGAAAGAAUGUCCGUGCACGGAAGCAGACUAUGAGUGCGAUUAUAACUUUGUGCGCGAUGGUGACAAGUGUGUCAGAAUUGGUCCGGAUGUGAUAACAAAGGAUAUGUGCACGUCUCGCAACAGUGUCUAUCCUUCAUCAUCCGGAUACCGCCUUAUUCCCGGAAAUACAUGCAACGCUGAAAAAGGCAAGAAGCUUGAUGAGCCAGUCGAUCGUCGAUGCGGGGAUAAUGAAGAUGCAUCUUACGCCCAACCACCCCGACCAACCCAGCCCAUGUUUGAUGACGAAAUUGAUCAGUUCGUGUACUUUAAGGAGUCACCUGCCAUGUUACUUCGUUUAAGAAAUGGCGAGCUGUGGUCUUCUGGCGAGCAUGGGAUUGGAUGGAAGCAUGUACUCCAGGACAAGGGUGUCAUUCGAAGCUUCAUCAUGCAUGAGUUUGACUUUAACCGGGCUUAUGCACUCACCGACGAGACAAUUUACGUUACAUCUAAUCAGGGCGCUCAGUGGGAAGAAAUUAAGGUUCCUUUGGCCCCUACAAAGCACAUCGCCCUAGCUCUCGAUUUUCAUCCUCUUGAGAAAGACUGGUUACUUUUUAUUGGAGAUAGCACCACCGUAUCUAGUCAAUCCGAAAUGUCGUCAGACUGUCAUUCUCAAGCCUUUUAUUCGCAAGAUCAAGGACGUUCAUGGCGCCCAAUAGCUACCUAUGUUCGUAGUUGUCUUUGGGGUCGUGGUGGAACUAUGGAGAAUACCGAUGAGAACUCAAUUUUCUGUGAAGAGUAUCAAGAGAAGAAAGGAAACCAGCGUUCAUUCAUAUCAAACCGCCUUAGUUUCACAUCAUCCAACAAUUAUUAUUCUAGCAGUGAAACUCUGUUUGACGCAAUUGUGGGUGUUGCCGUGUUUGGUAAAUUCAUGGUUAUCGCUGCCGUAAGUACCUUUCUCUUUCUCCCUCCCUCUAUUUUCUUGCAUAUCAGCAUGGACGGCAAGACCUUUGCUCAAGCUGCGUUUCCUGCCUCAUUAAACUUAUCUCCUGAAGCAUUCACUAUUAUGGAAUCAGCCAACUCUAUGUGGAUCCAUGUGUCCACUAACACACACCAUGGCAGUGAAUAUGGCACCAUUUUUACUUCUAACUCCAAUGGCACUUACUUUGUCGCCUCACUCGAGAACGCAAACCGCAAUGAAAUUGGUAUUGUUGAUUUUGAAAAAAUGCAAGGUAUUGAAGGCAUCGCUCUGGCAAACCGAGUUAGCAACCCAAACCAGGCCAACAUGGGCGAUCCUAAAAAAUUGGUGACCAUGAAGACAGCUGAUGCCGGCGCCCACUGGUUCCCCCUUACGGCACCCCAAAAGGAUAGCAAGGGCAAGAACUAUGAUAAUUGCAAGAGGGGUGUUGACUGCAACUUGCACCUUCACAGUUAUUCCGAACGUCGCAAUACUCGUGAUUUGUUCAGUUUGUCGAGUGCAGUUGGAUUGAUGGUUGGUGUUGGAAAUGUUGGGCCUAGCUUGUCAACCUACCGUAGUGGAGACAUGUUCUUGACUCGCGAUGCAGGAAAAACAUGGAACGAAGUUUAUAAAGGUGCUCACUUGUGGGAGUUUGCUGACCAAGGUGCUCUCUUGAUUCUGGUUGAUGAUGAAGAUCCGACCAAUGUUGUAAAGUAUACUACCAACGAAGGUAUUUCUUGGCAAGAAUAUGCGUUCACGACACCAGAGAAGCGUCUAAAGGUCGAAGAUAUCAUUACUCAACCUGAUGGCACCAGUCAGAAAUAUGUGAUAUUUGGAACAGAAUAUGGAAGUAGCAAUGUAGUUGCCUACCAUAUUGACUUUAGUGCUCUUCAUCCCACAAAAUGUAAAUUGGAUUUGUCUCACCCCAGCGACGAUGACUUUGAACUCUGGAGUCCUGAAGAUACUCGUGGUGAAGCCUGUUUGUUUGGUCGUGAGACCAAGUAUUAUAGACGCAUUCAAGAUAGAGACUGUUAUAUCGGUGAAAAGCUUGUUCAGCCACGUGAAGAAGUUCGUAACUGCGCUUGCCAGCAGGAAGAUUAUGAAUGGCAAGUAUGA